UGGGGUCACCGGCGUCUUCAGGACACGUUUGGCACGUGUGGUAUACCAAAGAUCGGGUGGCAGAUCGACCCCUUUGGUCACAGUCGAGAACAGGCGUCCAUUUUCGCACAGAUAGGCUUCGACGCCAUGUUCUUCUGGCGUUUCGACUACGAGGACAAGAAGAAAAGGUUAGCUGAGAAGAGCAUGGAGUUGAUAUGGCAGGGAAGUGAUGACUUGGGAAGUUCUUCAGACAUAUUCACAUCCGCCAUGGAAAUGGGUUACGGUCCGCCCCCGGGCUUUAACUGGGACUUAGCCAAUGGCGGUAAUGACGACCCGAUCAUCGAUGACCCGGAAUCUGAGGACUAUAACGUGGAUAAAACUGUGGACAGACUAUUCACGUACGCAAAGGUGUACUCUAACUAUUACGCCACAAACAAUGUACUCUUCCCAAUGGGCACUGACUUCUUCUAUCAAGACGCCAACAUGUGGUUCAAGAAUAUGGAUAAACUCAUCAAAUAUUCCAACCAAAGGAAGUCCAACGGAUCCAACAUUAAUGUCUUUUACUCGACUCCUACCUGUUAUCUACACGGCGUGCAUAUGGCUAACCAUACCUUCCCCACCAAAAAGGAUGACUUCUUCCCGCAUGCCUCCAACACCCACUCCUAUUGGACGGGAUAUUUCUCGAGUAGACCAGCGAUCAAGAGAUACGAAAAAGUUGGCAAUAAUUUCCUUCAGGUCUGCAAACAGUUGGAUGUCUUAACUCAGGGAAAU